GCGGCUGGGGGACGCGGCGCCAUUUUGCCGGGUUUCUGAGGGGGGACGUGGAGCAGCCGCGUUCGGGGGUCGCCACCAGAUUGAGGAGAAAAGAGGCCGCCGCCAACCGCCACCAUCCCGCUCUUCCCAUUCAGGGCGCCUGAGGGCGGAGGCCAGCCUGAGCCGAGCCUCCAGCCGUUGCCGCUGCCGACAGAGCAGAGCCAGUCCCGCCCCCGACGGUUCUGGGGACCCAAGAUGGCCACGCAGUCCACACCGAAAGUUGUGCUUAAGAGCACCACCAAGAUGUCCCUCAACGAGCGCUUCACUAACAUGCUGAAGAACAAACAGCCGAUCCCCGUCAACAUUCGAGCCACUAUGCAGCAGCAGCAGCUCGCCAGCGCCCGCAACAGGAGGCUGGCCCAGCAGAUGGAGAACAGACCUUCUGUGCAGGCCGCCUUAAAGCUCAAGCAGAAGAGCUUGAAACAACGCCUGGGGAAGAGCAACAUCCAAGCACGUUUAGGCCGACCCGUGGGACCCCUGGUCCGUGGAAUGUUGGGGGGCCGAGGGCUGCCCAUGGGUCAGAGAGGGCUGCCCCGAGGAGCCAUGCGUGGGGGCCGUGGAGCGAGAGCAUUGCUGCGAGGAGGAAUUCCCCUCAGAGGGCAAGGUUUACUCCGGGGUGGGCGUGGCAUCUCUCCUAGGAUAGGCCUGAGAAGAGGAGGCCUCAGAGGGCGCGGAGGGCCUGGCAGAGGUGGGCUCCUCAGGGGGCCCAUGGGGCGUGGUGGAAUCGGAGGCAGAGGUCGCGGCAUGGCAGGCCGGGGCAGAGGCGGCUUUGGCGGCCGUGGGAGAGGCAGAGGGCGUGGCAGAGGCUCCGCCCGCCCUGCGCUGACCAAGGAGCAGCUGGACAACCAACUAGACGCCUACAUGUCCAAAACCAAAGGACACCUGGACGCUGAGCUAGAUGCCUACAUGGCCCAGACAGACCCGGAAACCAAUGACUGACGUCCGCUCCCCACAGACACUUGCUGAGAUUAUCUUGUGUGGGUCCCCCCCACUCCCCCACCCCACCCUCUCUAAGAACAGCCACAGCAGAUCAUGCGAGGGAGGGGGGAGAACCUUGCCGGCCUGCGGGUGGGGAAGGGCAGGAAUCACGACUUUAAUGUGUUCCUUUUACAUUUUGAUACUCUUGUGUUGUACGAAUUGUUGGGGGGGUUGUUUUUUUACAUAAAUAUAUAUAUGAAAAUAUUUCUGAAACAGCUCAGAAAAUGAAUGUGACUGACCUGCCAUCCCAGGUGGCACCCAGUUUGCUAGGUGACGCAGGAGUGCUGAGCUACACUCCACCCCCCUUCUCCACCCCCCACCAUAAAGCUGGUAGCCUUGCAUGUUUCACGCCCUUCCUCUGUGCCCCUCCCCUGCUCAAAUGAACGAGCCUUAGCCGCAGAUGGAAGGGCUCUUGUACUCAUAAUCUGACUCUUCAAGGAGAUGCAGCCUCUUUAAGGGUUGGAUUUCAAGGUGGCAGCGCUGGCCACGUUGGAAACGAAUUGCAGGCUCUCCUCGCAUCUGCUGUUUGGCCGUUUUCUGCCCACCGACAUGUCCACGCUUUGAGCGGACAGCCAAAGCCGUGGUCUCGUUCCCUUCCCCACCACCGAUUUUUAGUUGAGUUCCCAAACCGUGACUGGGCCAGAACAGAACCUCUUAACUUGCAGCCGCCCUUUCCUUUGUGUGCGUCGACGCUCUUUGUUUCCGGGCUCACCGCCUAAAUUUGUGUUCGAGACGCCACGCAGUUGGUUCUGCCGCGAGGACUCUUGUGCGUUUUUGACCCGCUCUGUUCCAGUUUGAAUGACAUCUUGUAUUCUUUGGUUCUCUGUAAAAAACAAAAUUGCAAACAAAUAA